UUUGAUUAGCGCUCAAUAUUUCCAGAGCUCGUUUUUCUAAACCUCACAGAAAGUUCUUGCACUUUAACAUUUGCGAACUGUUGCUUUUAAUAAUGAUCAACGACACUCUCGCGUUUGGAGAACUCGACGCGAAUGUUUCUGAGCCGCUGCCGCCUCUCUCUCUCAGCCAAAACCACAGUGGGUUUCCUGCGUUACGGCUGGAGUCCAAGUCUCUGGUCACUUCAGCCACGAUGUUCGCCGUGGGAGUCCUUGGGAACCUCAUCGCCAUAGUUGUGCUGUGCAUCUCCAAAAGGGAGCAGAAGGAAACCACUUUCUACACUCUGGUCUGCGGGAUGGCCAUCACGGAUCUGUUGGGAACGUGCUUCACCAGCCCGGUAGUGAUUGCCACAUAUGUUGCCAACCGCUGGCCUGGUGGAGCGCUGCUCUGCCACUUCUUCUCCUUCUCUAUGCUCUUCUUCGGCUCAGCCGGGAUGUCCAUCCUGUGCGCCAUGGCUGUGGAACGAUACUUGGCCAUAAACCAUGCGUAUUUCUACUCCCAGUACAUAGACCGGACGAUGGCGCGCUUUGCGCUCCUGGUCACCUACCUUGCCAACAUUGUACUGUGCAUCAUGCCAAGUUUUGGCUUCGGGCAGCACGUCAGUCACUUCCCUGGGACUUGGUGCUUUCUGGACUGGAGAGCGACGAAUCCACUCGGAGCCUGCUACUCCUUCCUGUACGGCGGCGUGAUGCUGGUGCUGAUCGCGGUGACGGUUCUCUGUAAUUUGGCGGUGUGCAGGUCGCUGGUGGGGAUGAACCAGAGGACGGGGAUAGUCAGGACGGAGUCGUGCGAGCAGGGUGGGUCACGCCGCCGCUUCCCCCGGCUGUCAUCGGUCACCUCAGCGGCGGAGAUCCAAAUGUUUUGGCUUAUGAUCUUCAUGACCAUCGUUUUCCUGGUGUGCUCCAUCCCUUUAGUGGUAAGAAUCUUCGUGAACCAACUGUACGACCCUGCUUAUAUUUCUGCUGGUGGGAAGCCUGACUACCGGAGCGACCUGUUGGCUAUCCGCUUCGCCUCAUUCAACCCCAUAUUAGACCCCUGGGUGUACAUUCUGUGCCGGAAGAACCUGCUGCUAAAAGGCUGCGAGAAGCUGAAGAAGACGGUGGCUCGGUUUAAGGACAGUCGCGAUGACAACAUUGGCUGGGUGGGAGGUCAACACUCCCCCCCAUCUUUACACAGUAAUGACACAAGUUACGCGUCAUUACGCACAGCCAGCUACAGGAACGAUGUGGAUCCACGGGUGUGCAUCAAGAAUAAAUCCUUUACGGAUUUUGCAAUGAGGCAGGCAUGGGAGUAUGACACUGCCCGGGUCAACUUUCACCCGUUCAGCGUGGAAUCGACCGCGAUCGUCGGGUGUAAUGAGGAAGUAGCAGCUGACACCAAACAGGAGGUGGCUACCAAGAGUUCUCCAGGACGCAGCGUGACACCGCUGCUCUCCGAGCACGUUAGACGAGUGGACAUUGUCACCUGCACGUUCAGCACACCGAGCUCAUGUCAGUCAUCAAAAUGCCUUUGAUGGACAUUUGUCAUCUGCUAUCAUCACUUCAG